AUGGCCUACGUGGUGCAUGAAGCGCUCUUGCUCUUCUUUUCCACGCUUCAGCUCAGAGGAACUUGCCCGGCGUCGGAGGAGGUGCUCGCCAGCUUGGGCAGCUGGUGCCAAGCACUCAAGGCUGGGUUAAGGGCGCGUGUGAAGCGCGCGAAGCGCGGGGCGUGCGAAGGGCGCGAAGCGCGCAAAAAGCCGCGUGAAGAGCCGCGCGAAGCCAACCGAAGGGCGCGAAGUGGCGCGAAGCCGCGCGGAGGCGCGCGAGAGGCGCGUGAGAUGCGCGAAGCGGCGCGAAGCGCGCGAAGCAGCGCGAAGCGCGCGAAACGCGCGAAGAGCGCGAAGGUGCGCGGAGGCGCGCGAGAGGCGCGAACCGGCGCAAAGCGCGCGAAGGAGCGCGGAGGCGCGCGGAGCGGCGCGAAGCGCGCGAAGCGCGCGAAGCCCGCGAAGGUGCGCGGAGGCGCGGGGAGGCGCGCGGAGCGCACGAAGCGCGCGAAGCCGCGCGAAGCGCGCGAAGGCGCGCGGAGGGGUGCCAUCAGAGGCGCGCGAGAGGCGCGAAGCGGGCGCGGAGGGGCGCCAGAGGCGCGCGAGAGGCGCGAAGCGGCGCGAAGCGCGCGAAGCGCGCGAAGCCGCGCGAAGCGCGGGAAGGCUUGCGGAGGGGUGCCAUCAGAGGCGCGCGAGAGGCGCGAAGCGGGCGCGGAGGGGCGCCAGAGGCGCGCGAGAGGCGCGAAGCGGCGCGAAGCGCGCGAAGCGCGCGAAGCCGCGCGAAGCCACGCGAAGCGCGCGAAGAGGCGCCACAGAGGCGCGCGAGAGGCGCGAAGCGCGCGAAGCGCGCGAAGGCGCGCGGAGGCGCGCGGAGGCGCGCGGAGGCGCGAAGCGCGCGAGGCCGCGCGAAGCGCGCGAAGCCACGCGAAGCCACGCGAAGCGCGCGAAGAGGCGCCAGAGGCGCGCGAGAGGCGCGAAGCGCGCGAAGGCGCGCGGAGGCGCGCGGAGGCGCGCGAGGCCGGGCGAAGCGCGCGAAGCCACGCGAAGCGCGCGAAGCGCGCGAAGCGGGCGCGGAGGGGCGCCAGAGGCGCGCGAGAGGCGCGAAGCGCGCGAAGCGCGCGAAGGCGCGCGGAGGCGCGCGGAGGCGCGAAGCGCGCGAGGCCGCGCGAAGCGCGCGAAGCCACGCGAAGCGCACGAAGGCGCGCGAAACGCGCGAAGCGCGCGAAGCGCGUAGGGCGCGCCCCAGGGGGACCAUACUCAUCCAAAGUUGCCUUGCUGACGACAGUCCUGACUUGUUGGCUAGAGCGAGGAAGAGCGCAGUUCAGGCCGUCCUUGAAGGACGGGACAGUAGCAGCCAUGAAUUCGACAAUUGACAGCGAAGCCACGUUCGCUGCCCGGGCCACCGAGCUCGGCAUGGAGCGCGCUCUCUUGGAUUUGCUUGUGAACAACAACGUGAAGACGAUGGGCGCGCUAGCCUUUGUGAGCCCCUAUCAAAUCGGUCAAGCAGACGAGAAACCUCUUCUUGAAGCCCUCAAAGCCCUGAUAGGGCGCGACUUGACCGCGAAGGAGCUGAUCCCAGUCAGGCGAUUGUGGUUCGAAGCCUCGACCACAGUGAUGGGGGAGUUGAAGCAGAAAGUAGAAAGAAAUGACUCUGCUGAACCAGUUCGUCUAGCCAUAGCGGAAAGAACAACACGUCUGGAUGAGCAGAAAAAGCGCCUUGUGGGCGUGUGCAUCAACAGUGAGUCUGAACCUUCUCACCGCCUUGUGGAUGUUGUCUUCCAGCAGGGCGCGGAUCAGCAGCUGACGUGGUUGCCUUGGGAGAAGUUGACAAGUCGGGCUCAUGAGUUGACGCAUUCUCGCUCCGACAACGCCAUCCUGUUUGAUGCUCAGGGCAACAUGAGGCUGACUAAGAAGAUGCAGGAGAGCCAGUGUACUCUGACAGGUGAGCUCCAAGCUCGACAAGCGCUUCAGAGGCGCGCGUUGGCGUAUGACCUCGCCCGCUUGUGUGACUAUGCUGUCAUGGAAACCUACCAUGAGGAGUUGUUCCAGCUCCUCACUCGGCCUCCACCUCCCAAUGCCCUCUACGUCUCAAUGGGCCAAAUCCGAGAAGCUGAUAAGCACUUAUUCAUCAGGAUCGCAGAGCAAACCCGGGGCUCUCUCACUGCUCGCCCGGAUGGUGCUAAGCCCUUGCAACAGCAGCUCGAGCUUCUCAAGAACCAUCCUCAGGUGCAGUUCUUCUUGAUGCCACCGCAGAAGCCUCUCCGCUACUCUCCUUAUGAUGGCAAAGGGGAGGGCAAGAAGGGAGCUGGAGGCAAGGGAAAAGGGAAAGCAUCGACCGGUGCUCCCGCAGGAGGGGCUGCGCAAGCUUCGGUGCAUGACGCUGCUCCCCGUCUUCAGGCGACGGCCCUUCUCGACCUUUUCGAGUCGCUGCCUAAUGAGGUUGCGCCUCGCCCUGGAUCGACUUCUUCAACGAAGGUGUUUCAAGCUGGGGCCUACAUUUUCGGUGUGCUGGCCGGUCUACGCCGGUCUUGCGCCUUGCAUGCUGAGAGUAUCAAACCCUUUUGCCGUUUUGUAGUGGAAAACACUCCUGAGGAGUUUGUUUUCAGUAACAUUGCUGUCUUUGCGAACUUACGGACUGAGAUGCACCUAGAUCCUAAUAAUCUGGAGGGCACUUUGAACUUUGCCAUUGCCCUGUCUUCCUUCGAAAGCGGACAGAUUCGACUUGAAGGCGGGCCGCAGGGUUCUGAGGCCCUUUUGGAUGUCAAGCCAGGCGUCUUCUUUGAUGCCCGGACUCGACGCCACGGGACCUGUGACUGGACAGGUCAGCGGGUCGUUCUUGUGGCAUUCAGCCUCAGGGGCUCCGAUCGCCUUUCUGCAAAGGACGCCCAGACCCUAGCAUCCCUAGGGUUUAGGCCCCCUUACCCGGGUGUAAAUAAUCUGCAUUUGGCAAGCCAGCUUUCAACGUCAGAUGCGCCGGCGCAUGUCGCUGCAGCUUCGCCCGGCUUUCCUCCUGUGCCUCCGAAUGCUCCUGCCUUUGUUGAGGUGUUCGCUGGCUGUGCUCGCUUGUCAGCUACGUUCGCCCGGGUUGGUUUCAAGGUCAUGCCCUUUGAUGGCCCUCGGAACCCGCAUCAGCCUGAGCAUCCUGUGUGCACGCUUGACCUGACAUUGCCGAUUUGCCAACAGAUCUUCUUGAGCCGCCUCGAGAAUUCCAGUGUCUUCUUGAUUCACUUUGGGUUGCCUUGUGGCACAGGAUCGCGUGCCCGCGAGGCGCCACUUCCCCAACAUCUGCGAGCCCGUGGUGCUCCUCAGCCUCGCCCGCUACGAGACCAUGUGCACGUCUUGGGCCUCCCUUCCUUGAGUCCUCAGGAGUCUGCUAGAGUGGAGGCCGCCAACCGACUGGCCGAGUUCGUGGUGCAAGUGCUUGUGCGAGCACAUGAUCAAGGCUGGCGCAUUGUCAUUGAGAACCCCAUUCGUUCUUGGAUGUGGAGUGUUCUAGCCCACUUUGUGCGCGCGCUUGACAAGCCUCGCUUUCGGUCAUGGUACUCCGAGCUGUUCACUUUUGAUUUUGAUCAAUGCUGCUGGGGCGGUCGCCGUCGCAAAACUUCCAGGUUCUUGACCAAUGUGCCCGAGCUUCGCUCCUUGGUGGCUUCUUGUCAAAAUGAUCACCCUCACGAGCCGUACCGCAUCUUCAGAGGUGCGGCCUCUUCUUGGAAAUUCGACACGGCUUCCGAGGCCGAGUAUCCUUUGCCUUUGUGCGAACAGUACGUUCGCCUCCUGUGCCCGCUGGUCAAUGCCCAGCCGCCAAACCUGCCUAGGCCUUUGGUUCGUCAGGUUCAUCGGAAGCCUCCUCUCGUGCCUGAGUACAAAUCCUUCACAAAUGUCCGCCCUGAAAGUGGUGAGUUUCGCGAGCUCGCGUCAGAUCGGGGUGUUGGCGGGAGCGGCUCAACUCAGGGCUCCACGUUUGGAGUCUUUCACUCUAAGGGUGAGUUCCUUGAGAAGGCGCUGGAAGUUGAGCACCCCUUUGAUUCCGCCUUUGCCAUUGACGAUCAGACCAAAAGGAACGUCUUCGAGUUGCUCACCAUGGGUCUCCUGGGCCCUGCUCGCAGGCGGAUGGACACUCAGAAAAAGCUUUCAGCGUUGAAGCGUGAGCUUGCCGUCGAGGAGAAGCGUUUUCACGCCUCCCUUCCGGAGCACGCCCAAAAGGUGCUCAAGGGGAAGAACAUCUUGUUGUGGAAGAAGCUCCUUGAGGAGACCGGGUUCCCAGACAUCACGGUCGCUGAGCUCAUGGAGGGCGUCCCACUGGUCGGUAGGCCUAGUAAGUCUUCCUUGUAUGGGUGGAAGGAGCAGCCGGCGACCACAACGUUGGAUGAUCUUCUUGUUUCCUCCGUGUGGAGGAACCCUGCGCUGGCGGCGAAGGGCAGAGUUGGGGACGACCCCGUCCUAGCCGAGAAAAUCUGGCAGGCUACACUUUCGGAGGUGGAGAGGGGCUUCAUCUCGGGGCCCUACGAUUCGGAAGAGGACGUUAAGAAGGCCCUUGGAGUUUCUCACAUCUGCUGCAGCCGGCGCUUUGGGGUGAAGCAAGGUGCAGGCGAUGCUUUGAAGUAUCGCCCCAUCGACGACUUCAAGGAGAGUGCCAUAAAUUCUGCCUACCACGCGGUGGAUCGCUUGCAGCUGCAUGACGUCGACUACUUUGUUUCCUUGAUAAGGUUUCUGGCGAACUCCGUGGACGACUCGGGUGCAGUCAAUGUCGAGCUGUCCGACGGGACAGUGCUGAGUGGGGCUGUGCACAGUGACUUUCGAUCGGGGCGGCGCUGGCUUGGACGGUGUCUCGAUCUGGAAAAGGCGUAUAAGCAGGUUCCCAUAUUGGCCGCUCACUUGCCCCUAGCCGUCAUAAUGGUAUGGGACCCGAACACCAGCCGCAACAGAUAUUUUACCACUUGGAGCAUGCCGUUCGGCGCAUGCGCGGCCGUGUUUGGAUUUAAUCGCAUAUCCAGGUCGCUCUUACAUCUGGCCUCGCACCUUUGCGCCGUCAUAGGAGGCGUGUAUUUUGAUGAUUAUCCUAUGAUCGAGCCUGCUGAGUCUUCUAGGAUGUGCAGCCUCUCGGUGGAAACCCUGCUUGACUCCUUGGGAUGGUCUUAUGCCGUCGGUGACGACAAGGGUCAGCCUUUUGAGGAAACCUUCAACCUCCUUGGCAUGCGGCUGGGCGUUUCUAGAAUCAUGGAUGACAUCCUCGAGCUCGAGAACAAGCCCAGCCGGGUCCAGAAGCUCGUUGAGGCAGCCAGGAGAAUGGCUGCGAGUGGGGUUGUGAGCAAGAGUGACUCUGCAUCCCUUCAUGGCCAACUGAACUUCAUGGUGGGCUUCGCUUCCGGCCGUUCCUUGAAAUUUGCUGCGCGAGCCUUGUCAAACCUUUAUCACUUUCCACGGGAUCAGCCUGACGAGGAGGUGAAGUCCUUGGGCCGCUACCUUGAGUCUGCGCUUUUGAGCUUGGAGCCCAAGGUCAUCAGGCUGAGGUCAGGCGGGAGGCCGGUGUCAGUCUUCAGCGACGCCUCUUACGAAGAUGGCGUGGCGGCAUGGGGCAUUGUCUUGGCAGACCCUGUCUCUGGUGAGAGGCUGGUAGCUGGCGGGAUUGUAGAUGAUCACCUUGUGCAGUUUUGGCUUGAUGAAGGAGUUGAACAAGUCAUUUCACAGGCCGAGGCCUUUGCUUUGGUUCUGGCAAGGAGAGCUUUCAAGGACCACCUGCAGUGCCGCAGAUGCGUGUUCUAUGUCGACAAUGAUGCGGCGCGCUAUGUAUGCAUUAAGGCGAGCAGUCCGAGCCGAACCCUCCUCUCCUUGGCCUGCUCCUUUUACGCCAGUGAGUCUCAUGACGGAGUCAUUUCAUGGCUGGAGCGUGUUCCUUCUGCGAGCAAUAUCGCUGAUCUCCCUAGCAGGGGAGAAUGCGCUGAGGCGGCAAAGCUGAUAGGAGGCAAGAUUGUCGACUGCAGUCAGAUUGCAUCGGACCUGACUUCGGAAAUUUUGUCCGUGGAUGAUCUUCCGUGGAGCCUUCUCGCUACGUCCUACAAGGACAAAGCACCUCCGAUCUUCUUGUGA